ACGACUUUAUAUUGUAUUCUUGUUUUUCUAAUUAAAGACGUGGCAAAAAGUCACUUAUUUAGUUAAGAAGAAAUAAGAGUAUAAAAUAGUGCAAGAUGAAGUAACAUAAAAUAUAUGUGUGUGUAAUGAAGCGUGAUACAAAUUUGAAGUAUUUGAAGAAUAUAAUUAGAGAAAAAAAGAAGGAUCGCUGUAUGUUGAUAAUAAAUCUUCAUGAUAUUAAGCAUUCAUUCAUUCAUUCAAUGGAAUAGUGAGAUCUUUUUUAAUAAUCAUCUUAGGCAGAAGAGAAAAAACAGAACACGGAUACAAUGAUAAGGUUAUAUCAGUGUACGUUUUAUCAAAUUUGAUAUAAAUUCAACGUAUUAAUAGUACGAAAAUUAUAAUUGGAACGAAAUAAAUUGAGAGAAGAAAAAUUAAGCGCGACGAAAUUAUUGAAGACUAUAUUUUAAUCGGUAUGCCGUGGAGUCAUAAAAAUGUGAUAUUCGCGAGAAUUGGUUCCGCUCUAUUUUACGGAUUGUCUUCAUUUAUGAUCACAGUUAUAAAUAAGACUGUGCUAACAUCAUUUGAAUUUCCUUCGUUUCAAUUGCUUGGCAUAGGACAAAUGGUGGCUACUAUCAUAUUACUUUUCACAGCAAAAAAGUUGCGUUACAUUGAGUUUCCUAACCUAGAACGAGCAACGUGUAUCAAGAUAUGGCCAUUACCCAUCAUUUACAUCGGUAACAUGAUAUUUGGAUUAGGUGGUACUAAACAACUUAGCCUUCCAAUGUUUACCGCCCUUAGACGAUUUAGUAUUCUUAUGACGAUGAUUGCCGAAUAUUAUAUUCUCGGAAUAAAAGCGCGUAUUUCUGUUCAAUUAAGUGUAUACACAAUGAUUCUCGGAGCUGUAGUAGCGGCAUUAAACGAUCUUGCUUUUAAUGCGGAGGGCUAUCUUUUUAUCCUGUUAAACGACUUUUUUACGGCCGCCAAUGGUGUCUACAUGAAGAAGAAGUUGGAUUCGAAGGAACUAGGAAAAUACGGACUAAUGUAUUAUAAUUCAUUAUUUAUGAUUGUCCCAGCGAUUAGUAUUGCGUGUUGGAUGGGAGAUAUGCAUUCAAUCUUAGAAUUUCCAUAUUGGGAUAAUGUGUUUUUCCUUGUACAGUUUGGACUUUCAUGUAUUAUGGGUUUUAUACUAUCCUAUAGCAUGAUUCUUUGUACACUUUAUAAUUCUGCGUUAACUACUACAAUAAUUGGAUGUUUAAAAAAUAUAUGUGUUACAUAUCUCGGAAUGAUUAUCGGUGGUGAUUAUAUCUUUACAUGGUUAAAUUUCAUAGGAUUGAAUUUAAGCGUUGUCGGUAGUUUAGUAUAUACUUGGGUAACGUUUCGAAGAAAGGAAUCAACCGAAUCAAAAUAUUCUUCCCUUUCUGACGAACAAACAAAUAAAGUGCAAGCUGUAUGAUUAAUAUAAAUGAAAUCGUGCCAUUUUCAGGCUGGCUAGUUCGAAGAUUUUACAGCAACGAUGUCUCAUCAUCAUUCACAGUGGAUUACGCGAAACAUCAUAUAUCUCUGUCAACGGUACAACGCGCGAUUUUGACGGUUGGUGCUGCUGCGAUAUCACUUUUCAAUCCUUAUCGAGGUGACAUGAUCGCAUGCUUGGCAGAAACAACCGGUACUGAUGCUCUUUCUUAUUGUCAUCGGCAAAUGCUUGCAACCUCCGAGGGAUGUCGCAUUCUUGC